AUGUCCUCCUCAACUCUAGAAGGGCAGGAAACUGCAUCGCAUCAUUCCAAAAAUUCACCAUCGAGGCAUGGGGAUGAUGGAGGUCUACAGACUGCCGGAGAUGAAUACGUCUACAUUGCCGAUCACUACGGCAUGGUUCGGCGGAUGAUUUUCAUCAUGACAGUGUGUUCGUCCAUGUUCACGAAUCAGUUGGGCCUCUGCAACAGCCUCUCGACGCUCGAAGAAAUCGGAGAGUCCUUUGGUGUCACCGACCCUGGCAAACUUUCGUGGACAAUCUCUGGCUACGGCUUGACUCUGGGCACAUUCAUCUUGAUCGGAGGACGGUUGGGGGACGAGUUUGGCAACAAGGCGAUCUUCGUCAUCGGUAUGGGCUGGCUUGCUCUGACCAGCAUGAUGGCAGGAGUCUCCGUCUACGCCGGCUACCCUGUCUACAUCCUUGCUCGUGUCCUGCAGGGCCUUGGUCCCGCCUUAACGGUGCCCAAUGCACUCGCCAUCAUGGGCAAAUGCUUCUCCGAGCACCCUCGAAACAUGGGGUUCGCCUGGUUUGCUGCAUCAGCCCCGGUCGGUGCGAUGGCCGGUCUCCUCUUUGGGCCCCUCUUCACCAUGGCUUGGUGGCCGUGGAUCUACUGGAGUCAGGCGCUGGGGGUCGCCUUUGUCUUCGCUCUCUCCAUCGUUGCCAUUCCGAACAUGCCCGCUGAGAGCGAGCAGAAACAGCGACGAACGAUUCUCGAAAUCCUGGAGCGAAUUGACCUCCUGGGAGGUGCCUGCGGUGUGACCGCUCUGGUUCUGUUCAACUUCGCCUGGAAUCAGAGUCUGGUCGCUACGUGGAAAGAGCCUUACGUCUACGUGUGCCUGAUUCUCAGUUUCUUGUUCCUGGCGGCAUUCUUUUACGUCGAACUUCGCGUAGCUCGCCAUCCAAUCCUACCGGUCGCCGUCCUCACUUCCGACAUUGCCUUUGUCUUUGGUUGUACAGCAGCGGGCUGGUCGACAUUUGGCAUCUGGCUUUUCUACGUCAUCCGAAUCUGUCUCAAUAUCGGUGGCCAAACUCCCAUUCAAAUGGCUGCGUGGCUUUCUCCUAUCCUCGUCACCGGCAUAGGAACAGCAUUGAUCGUUGGCAAAAUCAUCACCAAGGUUCCAGCCUCGUCUAUCAUGUUGUUUGCAAUGCUGUGCUACUUCAUCACGUCCCUUCUCAUGGCCUUGCGACCCGUCCAUUCGAUAUACUGGACCUACUUCUUUUUCGCCACCAUCAUCGCCACCUUUGCAAUGGAUUCGUCGUUGCCUGCUGCCACGAUCAUCUUCGCGAACGCAGUGCCUCGACAGUACCAGGGCAUGGGGUCCAGUGUGAUCAUGACGAUUGUGGUCUACAGUAUAUCGCUCGGUCUUGGUUUCGCUGGCACCAUUGAACUUCAGAUCAACAAUGGCGGACACACCAAGGCUGACUUGCUUCAUGGUUACCGGGGUACUCUGUGGUUUUCUGUCGGGUUGACGGCAUUUGGCACUGUUCUUGCCCUUAUUUUCCUACUCAAAGAUCUGCGAAGACGCAAGUUGGCCAGGACUCAAGUGGAAGAGGAAAAGGGCCAUUCAAGUGAGGCUUGA